AUGGAUUCACCCUGUGUGUCAAUCAGUCGGAGGACGCGGGGGUCAAAGCCGAAGCGACAGGUCAAAGGUCAGCUGGCGGAGGCAGGGCUCAGCGUGGGGGGGUUCCUGUGCGGGCUCCUCCUGGCGUCGCUCUACGGCUGCGCCGCCCUCCUCCUCCAGGGGGGGGCGCUGUGGUUCUGUGUCUACAGCACCGCCGCCAUAGCGCUGCUAGCCUCCUUCUCCAUGGGGCUGUCUGCUAGCACCCGGGCUAACGUGAUGCUAAUGCUACCCACGCUACUCUCAGUCAGGGGCAGGAUGGUGCUGGUUUCCUUCGUCCUGCUGCUGCUGCUCAGCGGGCCGCUGGCCAACAUCCUGCUCAACUUCGAGCGGGCGGCCGACAGCCUGGUGUGUGGGGCGGAGCUAGCCCAGAACCACACCCAGGAAGUGAUGAAGCGCUCGGCCGCGCCCCUAAUGCCGGUCCUUCAGAGCAUCAGAGAGCUGACGAGUAACGCUCGCUCCGUCGCGGGACGAGUUAACCACUUCAUCACGGCGCUCACCGACAACACGCGACACAUCGCUCGGACCCUGAGGAACGUGCUCCACUUCCUGGUGGACAUCGGUGACGUGUGCAACGACCGGAUGGGCCGGCCGUACAGGAAGUGCAUCGCGCUGUUCGACACCGCGCGCCUCGACUGCUCCCGCCUCCUGGGCGACUUCAACUUCCUGUGUGCCAUCGUGGAAGGGUUCCGCCCCCUCUGCGGGCUGGCGCGCGCCGGUCAGAUGUUCUGCGUCAUCCCCGCCUACGUCGGCGAGCACCUGAAGAAACGCCUUGCUGCCCUGGGGGCGUUCGCGCGGCUGAAAGCAGAGUUUGAGUUCAGCGUGAGUGCGGACGUGACCUUUGACCUGGAGGUGAACGGCAGCCAAUCGGUGCAGCGGGCCGCCCAGGACCUGCUGAGGGGCGUGGCCCUGGAGGUGGGCCGGCUCCGGGGGUGGGGCCAGCUGCUCACCUACCUGGGGGUCCUGAUGCUGGCCCUGGCCUACCUCAAGGCAGCGAGGUACCGACAGCAGUAUCUUCAUCAGGAUGAAUUUGACAACGCCUUCGUCACGGAGCAGUUUGAGGAGGAGGACGAGCGGAGGGCGAGCGAGGGCGGGGCCUCUGUGCUCCCCCUCCAGCGGAGGGAGGGGGGGCUCUACACCUCCUCAGUGUGGGGGUGUCUGACCCCCGAGGAGCGGCGGGGGUCCGCGCUGCGCCUCCUCUCCUCCCUCCGCCACGCGGCCCCCGGGGGCCUCCUGCUGCUGCUGGACCUGCUGGUGUCCUGGGGGCUGCACCUCCUCCUGGAGCUGGGGGCGGGGGGGCUGACCGCCCGGGCUCCGGUCCUGGUGGGCGUGGAGGUGAUGGGGGAGGGAUACGCGGCGGACAUCUUUAGAGACGUGGUGGCCUCCUUCAACGUCCUGCAGACAGCAAACAUCACCGUGCUGAGCAGGAAGUGCCUGGUGAAGCCCUCCGCCCCCAACUACUCCAGCUACCUCCUGAUUGGCGUUCUGUAUGGUCUCUCCAUGCUGCUCACCUUGACAGGAAGUUACUUCCAACGCUUCAGACGACUCAUCUGUGCUUAUUACCACCCUGAACGGGAACAGGAGCGGAUCCUCUUCCUCCACACACACAUCCUGGAGCAGAGGAGGAUUCUGGGAAACGCGCUGCGGAGCUCGGUAACCAGGGCAACGGACGACAGAGGAGGAGGAGGAGCCAAGGAACAACUUCUCUCCCUCAUACUCCGGGUACCGGGUGCAGCUCACCUGUCCAGGAGGCUGGGGGGGUCCGCCUCCACCUGUCUCACCUGCCUGGAGAAGGGGGCGGGGCCAGAUAUGGUCACCUGCCCCUCACUACAAUGCAAAGCUCAGUACUGCCAGCUCUGCUCCGGGAUGCUAGGAAGCAUCUGUGUGCUGUGCUCGCCCCCGCCGACCUCGCCACCGCCCCCGGAGGACGAGAGAGACUCCAGCGAUGAAGAGUUCUGGGAGCAAAGGAUGAGGCCAGACUGCGGCGUCACCAUGGAGACCGGACCGACCACCCUGGAGACCACCCUGGGGACCACACUGGAGACCACAGAGUCCACCCUGGGAUGCUCUUCGUCUUCCUACGGCAGCUGUAGUAUCACCAACAUGCCCUGUGAUGCCCAGAGCAGACCAGAACCGGUCUGA